GCUCAUGAUAGUUGGCUUACUCGUUCUUCGAGUUCAACAGACAGUUUGGCUUGUCUUUUCCACUUUCGUUCCACCAACGCUCACCAUUCAUCACAGCGAUGUUUCUAUUUCCCUUUCGUCUGUAUGGACACUGAUCAGGUCGAGAUUUUGAUUCGACUAGGCAUUAGCAAACACGCGCUCGUCUUAGGGGUAGUCCGGCAGUAGAGUUGCAGAAACACGACCUUCAGAUACAACUAAAUAGAGAAGAAGAACCUGUUAUUUCACUUUUCGCCUUAGAAUCGUCAGAAAAAAAAGAUAUCAGCAGCAGUAUUUUCCGACUUUGAGUGUAUCUUAGUCUAAUUCAAAUCACAAAUAUGAGAAAGAACCUCCUCCCGCACCUGAGUACCAAAAAGAAACUCGAAGAACUUCGCUGAACUCGACACACCACCGUAGUUGCGUGCUCCCCCGUGUUGUACCUGAAAGAGAAAGUAGCCCCCAAGAGAUCCGUUUUCUGUGCGUUGAAGAGCAGCAUCAUUGCUCUUCGCGGAUCCAAGCCGCGACAUCAUUGGGUUGUUGGAUUUCGGGUUCCGACGCAGCGGAGUCCGCGACUAGCGCACCAAACGCCCUAGCGGAGAAACUUUCUGAACAGCUGGGACGGACUGCAGCAAGGACUUCUUCGCAAGCUCUCGAAACAGCAACAAAAAAUUCAGACAAUACUUUUGCUGCUCCCGUGAAAGAACAACUCGAUUUGUGAAAGGACAGCUUCAUUCGCGCAGCAGUAGCUUCAAGACAUUUUUGCAGGCAGCUGAAGAUCAACAUUACCGAAGACAGAGCGGACCGGGCGUCUUCUACGUCGGAACCGAUCACCUGGCGCGACACAUUUUUCUGCACCACUUCAACUCCGGUUUCUUUCUUUGAAUCAAAUCGAUGGACAAGAUGCCGUCCACUAGUUGCCAGGGGUAUGUCAAAUUCUUUUCGGAGGCGAAAGGCUUCGGCUUCAUCUCCAUGGAUGGGGGGCAAGACAUCUUCGUCGCAGCCAAGGAUGUAGCUGGUAAAGAGUGCUACUGCUUCUCAUCUUCAUCGUCGUGCACCUCGACAACGAAUAAAUCAAGCAUGAAAAAUUUGUAUCAAAUAAGGACGUGCAUUAGCAUGAUUUUUGUUUUGACUUUUCAUUUGGACCACUUCAAAAAUUUCUGCAAGAUUAUACCUCCAAGUACAAAAGGUAAUCCGCUCUACCAAGACGAUUUGGUGACAUUCGAGAUAGAGGAAAACCGAAAAGGCAAAGCCGCCAAGUUUGUUAAGGGAGGCACCGGAAAUCCAUUCAAGGGCAGUAUCGCUUGGUUUGUUCUUAUUUCUCUCCUCGCCGUACUUAGAUAGAAGCCCGUCUUGUUUAUUCGCACCUCCUGUGAUGAUUCUGAAUGUCGAUGUAGAUUGUGUUUGAGUAGAAGUAGCAGGGGCCAGCACGACAGCUACGAUGAGAAAAAAUCACCGACAUGAUUGACAUUUCAAUUUCACAUAUCCCACGAAAAAACUGUUUCAUUGUGGUGAUUUAGCAAGAUCUGCAUCACAGGUUUGUUACACAUGACAAAGAAAACUUGGCGUGCGUGCUUCCCAAGGGAAAACACAGCUAAAAAUCCAAUGUCUUGCACGUGUAGCAAGACAAACGCAUUUGCGUUCCGUUCUGUGCAUCACAAGUUUACAGUGAAACAGUUUUUUCUUGCGAUAUCACACAGAGAACAAGGCGGGGCAGAAGGACGCCAAGGGCAAGGGCAAGAAGGGGAAAGGCCAGAAGUUCGGGAAGGGCCGAGACGAGGAGGAGGAGGAGGAGGGCUUCUGCAACGGGAAGGCCAACAACGGCAAGGGAAUCUUGCCCGGAGGCAACCACAACUGGGUGAAGGGCGACUACGGCGCGGGCGACAUGAUGAAGGGCAAGGGGCCGGGCGGUCCGAUGAUGAUGGGACCUCCCGGCGGCGGCGGGCCUCCGGGUGCGGACAUGGUGGGCAAGGGUGGGGACCCGAAUCAGAUGAUGGGGGGCGGCCCGCCGGGCGGGGGCGGCCCGCCGAUGGGCAUGCCGGGAAAAGGGGACAUGGGCAUGGGGAUGCCACCCAUGGGCAUGCCACAACAAGGACCACCUGGCGGUAUACCAAUUUUUUUGUUCUAGAUGGAACUCGUCUCUGCUGCUUACUAGAGGAACUUUUCAGAUUCUGGAAGAUGCUGACAAAUGCCUUGCGAAAGCUGGUGUUCGCACAUCAUGAUGAAAUGCUUGAUUUAUACUAGAGUGUGCCCCUUCGGUAGCCGCUAGUAGCACAGAGAAAACCAAUUGCAAUAUGGGACUAUCAUAUCGCUUUUUUCAGGUAAGAUGGGCGACUUCCAGCCGAACAGUAAGGGGGGAUUUACUCUGAACUAUGCUGCGCCAGAAUUCAAGCCAAUGGGAGCAUAGAGACAGCAUAGCGCUUGUGAUUCCAGGCCCCAGUCUGCUUCUGCAAAGAAAUGUUUGGAACACUGGCGAAUUUUUUCAAUCAAAUGUCACGACUUUACACUAAGUUACACAAAAACUACACACUCACUCUUUUGUUUUAUGUUACACUGUCAUCUCGACUUACACGAAUCUUUUGCACGAUGUCUUUUCCGAUAGUUCUUUAGCGACAAAAAAUAUCGUUGAGAGGCUUCAGAUCUUCGAUAGUUGGCGCGGGAGAGGCAGUGCAAUUGAUUCUGUGAGUCGACGAAAAAUACACUGGACGGCGGAAAAGUGUCGCUUUUCUGCUGUUUAUUUUUAUGUUACACUGUUUACAAGAUGGAUGAAUAAAAGGAACCGAACUCCUUCAACACCGUCGAGAAGGUUCUGCUACUUUACUUUUCUACCGGACGAAAUUUUGCUUGCAAUAUUAAUGCUACGCAGCUCCUCCUUUCCGAGAGGCGAACGGCGAGAAGUGCGUCUGUCUGAGUAGUGCCACGAAAACGAAUCCCCCUAUGCAGCGCUUUUUGCCUUUAAUAUUACAGGCGCAUGAUCAAGAACACACAAAACUUUUUCAGAGGCAAAAAACUCAUCACAAAAAUCUUGAAUUUCCUAUACAAAGCGAAUCAACUAUAGGCAUCUUCACAUGACUAAAUGAUAUCUGACUGGUGUGGCAGGUGCAGGAGCAGCUGCUGCAAAGAAGUUUACUGGGUUGUUUUACACAUCGGAGCUGCCAUGGGG